ACGUUAUUGCCAAUUUUUCUAUAACUGAAGAAAGCUUCUACCAUGAAGACCCUGCAAGUUGCUCUCGUUUUAUCCGCCAUUGUGGCUCUGGCCUUUGCUGCCAAUGCCUCCUUUGGCUCCAAGCUGUCGAGCAGCAAGCUGGCCAGCACCCAGAACCUGACAAUCUACAAGAAGAACAACACCUACCAGGACGGAACUAUUGUCUUCCCCUUGAGCGGCCAGACCAACACCAAAAUCAUCCGCUUCAUCAACGUAACCGACAGAUUCACCAACAGCUCCGGACCCACUACCACUCUGUGGUCUGGCGGACCUGGAUUCACCUUUGCGACCCUCUUCGUUAAGAGUCAAUUCUCCCAGGGAAUUAACAUUUCCGCCCUAUUCUAUACCGACUAAAUGUCAAAAUAUAUCCAAUUAUAUGUA